AUGGCUCAAAAGUGGUAUUUUAGCAAAGAAGAGUUAAAGAAUUCUCCGAGUUUCAAAGAUGGUGUAAGUACUGAAAAAGAACUGGACCACAAACAACAAGCUGCUUACUUAAUGAAUGAUUUGGGCAAGCGGCUAAAAUUGUCGGAAGUCUGUACGCAUACAGCUACAGUGUACAUGCACCGUUUUUACACUCAACAUUCAUUGUCGAAAUUUCAUCGUUAUGAAAUGGCAAUGACGGCAAUUUUCGUGGCGGCAAAGGUUCAAGAAGAGCCACAAAAAUUGAAAGACGUUAUCAAUGCUUUUUAUCGCUGCUUGAAAAAAGACAUGAACUAUCAACUGGACACCACUGCUGCCGAGUACCAGGAUCAUGUCAAGACUAUAAUAUUAAAUGAACGCAUCCUUUUAGCCACAUUAGGAUUCAGGAUGGGAGUGAAUCAUCCACAUAA